GUUUCAGGUGUCUAUAGUGAGCGCGAGCCGCGGCUUGAGAAGGAGCACACAAACGCGAUAAAGGGUGCAGAGAGAAGCUAAGUUCUCAUGAGGAAGCCGACUGCAAACUAGCAAACAUCCUCGCAACUCAACUUCUAAACAGCCGGAUAAUACAAAACCACACUCGAGAAACCCAACACAAGACAGGAUUAUUCAACAAACAGCUGAUGACGCUUUCUUAACCUGUUGACAUGAAAGCUUUUUGUGCAAAACAUUUAGCUGAGGCUCACCGGUAAACCGCAACACCUUAUUUUCGCGUCUCAAAUGACAGGCAACAUACUCUUUCCCGGAUCUGUACUAGGAUCUUGAGCUCUGAGGAAGACACCAAUGCCAGGAAUUAGUGCAAACGCAUCGCGAAAUGAGAAGUGGGAGAUGGAGGAAUACGACCAAUAUCAGCACUAUUUCUACGACGAUCUCAACUUGGACGAGGACUUCUUCUUCAAAUCGACGGCGCCAAGUGAGGACAUUUGGAAGAAAUUCGAGCUCGUGCCAACCCCGCCCCUGUCGCCCGUGAGGAGACUGGAAGGUACCGGUCCAUCUCCAGUGGACAGACUAGAGUGGGUGUCCCAGUUCAUAGGGCAGGACGACGAGCAGGAGGGACCGUGCAAACUGAACGCGGAGGACACUCUGGAGAACUUGAGCUCCAUCAUUAUUCACGACUGCAUGUGGAGCAGUUUUUCCGCCAGUCAGAAGCAGGAGAAAGUUGUCAGCGGGCGCUUGUCCUGCUCUGCGCAGUCGAAGCUCUCAAGCAAGGCGCAUUGCGUCCCAGCGGACGCGCCUGCUCUCAACAGCUUGGCGACAGAUUGCGUGGAUCCAGCAGCUGUCCUUACCUUCCCCCUGAACAGCAGCUGCAAGAAACAGGUGUCAUCCGGGUCAGAAUCUCGCACCGACUCCUCUGAUGAUGAAGAGAUUGAUGUAGUGACGGUGGAACAUAAGCAGAAGAAAUUGCGCUUGGUGAACGCCCGUAAACCAGUGACCAUCACAGUUCGUGCAGACCCCUAUGACACUUGCAUGAAGAGUUUCCACAUCUCCAUUCACCAACAACAGCACAACUACGCUGCUCGCUCUCCCGACAGCUAUCCUGAAGAGGAGCCACCUCGCAAGAAGAUCAGGCAAGAGACCUUGCAGCCACGAGUGGGUUCCACACCCCAAACCCCAGAAAGAAAAAGCUCCUUUCCUUCCCCCUCAGUCCCCACCCCAUCUCAGACGGUCUCUGAUUCUCCAACACACACAUCCUACCACCUCAAAUCCCAACCAUCCAGCCCUCAGAGUUCAGACUGUGAGGACACGGACAAGCGUAAAACGCAUAACUUCUUGGAGCGGAAAAGACGCAAUGACCUCCGUUCCAGAUUUCUGGCCCUUCGGGAUGAGAUCCCAGGGCUGGUUGACUGUCCCAAGACGCCCAAAGUUGUGAUCUUGACCAAGGCCACAGAAUACCUGCGUACGCUGCAUGUCAGCGACAAACAGAAGGCCCACGUGAAGAAGCAGCUGAAAAACAGACAACAGCAGUUACUACGAAGACUUGCUGAACUAAAACGGGCAUAAACCUUCACAGACCAGCCAUUUUUUUCAAUAGGAACGGUGUAGAACUGAGUUUUCUCCAAAAUUGGGAUAUUUAAUGGAACGGACUCUGUAUUUUGAGAUUGGUUCUUCAGUUUUUGUUCUUUGCACAUUUGCCUUCGCAACGGGGGAGACGAACUUGUGGAAGCUGUGGAACUGGUUCAAGCAUUUUCCAAAGCGGGUCAUAAUUUCAGAUUUUCAUUUGAAAUGUAAAGAUUUAAACCAUGAAUGUGCGUUAUCUUAAAUUCUUUUGCGAAAGCUUAAGUAUUUUGGCGGGGAAGUAUUAUUUAAUUGAAUUAGCAUGCCAAAUAAGGCAUUGUUUGAAAUUGUAGCAAAUUUAAAUGCUGGUGUAAUUGAUAUUCUAAACCAUCAAGCCUUUUUUGGCGGGGGAAUCUUGAAUUUAUCUGGGUAAAUAUUCAAAGUAACUUCUCCGUUAAUAGUGCUUUAUCUAAAUUAACCUAAAUUUAAUGAGAGCUGUGUGCCCCCGUUGCCACAUGAUGACAGAAUAAGUUUAACAGACAGGAAGUUGCAUCACUGUUGCUUUGUUACAUUGUGUUCCACAGUUUUUUCAGUUAUUGUAUACUAUUGUUAUCUUGAACAGUCAGGACAGUGUCCAGCACAGCCUUGCAGUGUAUAUAAACUGUGGCAUAUUCUUCAGACAUAUGUAUAUAAUAAUAGUGGUGUACAGGACAUUGUGUAAAAAUACAUACUUUGUGUUUUGAAUAUGAAAAUCAGCACUGUUAAUAUACUUUAUUUUCAGUUUUUCUGUCAUUAGUCCUAAAACUUGCCUCCUGCCUUCCCUAGAGAUCUCAAAGUUUCUAUUUUUGUUAAGAAAAGUUGUAAAAAAUGUCAAAAAGAUAAAUAAAACAAAACUAUCAACGUUUCAUUUCCAUCACUAGCCACUUUAUGCUGUUUUCACUGACUAUUCCCUUUGUGUUCGGAAAUUUCUUUGGCUUUUCACUCUUGUGGCAGAAAAAAAUGCUAAAAAGAAUUUUGUACUAGUUAUAUUUUCUUACAGAAUUAAUUGUAUGAUUUCUAUUUAAAUAUAAAGUUGUACUGAUGGCAUAUGCUUACUUAUCUCCCAAUAUGACUAUGUGGUCAUUUGAAGUUUAUGCACAUGGUCAUUUGUCAUUCAAUUAUUUGUCAAAAAUAAAGGUCAUGUGCUCAAAGCAAUCACCA